CCUCUGCGCCGACGAGACGGGGCGGGGCGUCUCCAUCGACCGCCGCCGCGAGAUGGUCAACACGGCGUGGGUCGCGCAGGUCCUGGAGACCGACACCAACUACUUCGUCCUGCUCCGCGGCGCCUACGGCCGCUUCGACGAGCCGGAGGACUCCCACGUCAUGUGGUGGACCACCCCGGGGAAGAACGGCAGCGUCGUGCUGCUCCAUGGCACGUCGGCCAGGCUCAGCGCGCUCCGGGCCAACGGUCGGUACCGCCGGUGGCACAGGCGCGUCACCGUCGAGGCCAUCAACCGCUCCCGCGUCACCUCGAUGAUGGAGUGGGAGGUUCAGGUCAUCCCCAUGAGGGUGGAGAGGCCACCGUACCAGCUGCGACCAGGAGGCCCCGAUAUUCCAUGGCACCAAGGCUCUGAAGAGACUGUGCAAGUCAAUUGCGUCGUGGCAGAUGAUAACGGGAGCACGGAUGAGCAGGGCAGGGAAGCUCUCACGCUCCAUGGCAGGAGUCUGAUGGGGCUGGGCAAUGAACUGGCGCAGCGGUUGGGCGACGGCCUCAACUUCCAGGACAUCACCCUCUGCAUUCAGGCAGGCAACCUUGCGCAGCCCACCGUUCUGCUCACCAACCUGCCCCAUAGAGACGACCCCGUUGACAUCGUGGUGUUCAGAGUUGGCACACCAGGACAUGACCGACUGCUGUUUCCAGAUCUUGAUGCUGAAUAGAAGAGAAGGAUAGGAUCAGACAAGAAUGAAUUCUUCCCCUGGACAGUACUGUCAACGCCUCCACAAUUUAACAGCAGAGUGAUGGCCUGACGAGGAUUAGCAGUUUACCUUCUUAUCACUGAACAGUUCAUACAAUACAGUGUGUAGGGUUUCCUCUAGAAUAGUCACCCAGUUCCGGAAAAGUGCAGGUUAUGCGCGCUUCUUUGCCACUUCACAUUUGGAACACUAGGAGACGACGCUAUCUGUUUGGUGUUUCUGAAACUUCAGAGAAAUUAAACAGUGCUUCUGGCUUGUAGGAACAAAAUAUGUUGAAAGUGCCUAUAGUUGAUUUUCCCUGGUUAUAUAUCUGUUAUGAUAUCA